GCUGCAGACAGGGAGGAAGUAAGGUCGGAUUAAGGCUGGGGUGCAGUGGCGCCGGUGCGAGGAAGAGGAGGGAUGCUCGGGCUGGAAGGUGACCCGUCCCCUCCCCGGCGUCCAGGCAUGGCAGACGGUCGGAAGCCAGACGAGCACUGGGCCUCCAACGGCCAAGAGAACGGCGAGAACGGCUUCUCCGCCUACAGCGCCGGCUACAGGGAGAACGGAUUCCACGGCGGGGCGGCUGCACAUCCUGGAACGACAGUGGAUGACUCAGCCAAUUUGCCACCCUCCCCUCCCCCCUCUCCGUCCGCUGAGCAGAUCGGGCCCGUGGCACAAGAAGAUAAAGUAGAGAAGGAGGUGGAGGAGGAGCAGGAGGAGCAGGAGGAGCAGGAGGCUCCCGACAGGCACCAGGAGGAGGUGACAUAUGAGCAGCCAGGAGACUCGCUCUUAGAGCAGGCAGAUUAUUUAGCAGAGCCCCAGGCUUUGGGCUGCCAGCAGACACCUGAGGUCCUCAAUGGAGGAGCUCAUCCAGGUGAACGCAGCUCGUCUCCAAAAGCCCGGCCGGAAGAAGAAUGUCUCAGUCCGGAGUCUGGUGAGUCUGCGGUGAAAGAGGACGAGCAGCAAGUGCCGUCGCUGCACGAGAAGCAGGCGGUUGUUGAGAAAGCGAGUCCUGAAGGGGAAGAAGUCGCCUCGAGUGAACCUCCUCCUCCGUCUGUGAAAGAUGAAGAUGCUUCCUCGAUGGAGGAGGCAAGAAAAGACGAAGAGGGUGAAGUAGAAGAGUCACAAGAGGUGAAAGAGUCAGAAGAGUCACAAGAGGUGAAAGAGUCAGAAGAGUCGUCGCCAAGCAAAGAGAAACCGACAGUUGAGUCCAUAGAGACGGACCAAGAUGGAGGUAGUGACAUUAGAUUGGAUGAGACACCAGUGACUGAUAUUGAAACCGUCAAAUCGAGUCCAGAACCUGGUGCAGAGUCUGAAAGCACAUCUGGGAUGUUGGUAGAACAGAAACCAGGAGCUGCGACUUACUUUGAGACGUCCUCAAAAAUCCCUGGAGACAUUCCACCGCAAACUCAGAGCUAUUACGAGCUCAGCACAGCGGCAGAGACGGAGUCAAGAGAACCUGAAAAUGUUGUGCUGAAGCAAGAGGAGAAAGAGGAGGAGACAGUGAAGACGUCCAGCUGUAAAGUGUCAUUAGAGCAGAGAAGCCUCUCGUUGAACAUCACCGUCGGAUCCUCGGAGAAGGAGUCCAGCUCCUUCUCAGAGAGUUUGUGUCCAAUCAGCGGAAGUUUCGAUGAAGCCGACGUUCACCCUUCAACGCCACCCGUGGAGAGCCAUGACCACAAGAUUCCUCCAGCGGUUUCCAUCACUCAAACAUCUGCUGACGCACACGAGGAUGCUCCUGCUGAAGAAACGCCUCCAAGUCCUGACGAGGAAAUGUCCAGUUUCUGCCUCUCUGAGAUGUUGGACCUGGCGGGAGCGCUGCCUCAGCUGUCAGCGGGGAGGAGGGAGGUCGACCACAUGAGGAGAAAGUCGGUGCCCACCAAUGUGGCGUCCCUCGUGGGCAGCUCUCUGGCCCGGCUCGCUUUGGGAGAUACGAUCUCGAGGAGGGAAAACCAGCUGGAGGAACUGGGCUACUGUGUCUUCAACGAGUACUCGGGGCCGAUGCCUUCUCCUGCAGACGUUCCCAGUCCUGGACACUCUCCGCACCAGCGCUUCCCGUCUGAGGAGAGCGAGGUCGAGGAAGAGCUCAGUGUUUACAAGGGAAUCCAGCAACCGGAUGAAAAAACUGUAACCGAGAAGAAGGACUCACCGGGGAAGACGUCCCUGAUGAUGGAAAGAGCCGUGACGAGCGGAGUGAAACCCGAUCGCCUGAGAAUCCCAAUGACUGGGUCCAAAGACAGGCUGAAUGAAUUUCGUUUGGAGAGUGGCCUGACUGGCGACCUCAAGAUCCAAGCCAUCCCUGAGGUUGACGUGGAGAAAGACCCGUCCAGAGAGGCUUCCCCCAUCCCACCGGACAGUUCCUUCACUUUCUGUCCUGUGGACCCUUUGAGCAGGGGUCCACAGACUCCCACCCCCCCCAAAUCUCCAGAAGACGCACUUUCAGAAAGCCAAGACGCUAAAGACGAAGCUGGGGAAGAUGUCAAAACGGAGGACGAGUUCAAAUCUGAGAGCAGAGAUGAUAAAAAGCCGGAGUUGGACAAAGAAACGAUGCCACCCGAGCAGAAAGAAUCAGAACUAAGUAAAGAAGCAAACAGAUCUUCAGUCUUCUCUCCGUCCUCAGAAGAGAAGAAGAUUCAAAAAGUCACAGAAACACAAAAGAGCCCAAAAGCCAAAAUCCACUCACAAAUAACCACCUCCAUCAUCGUCAUACCUCAAGCACAAGCAGAGGAAGAGGAUGAAGACGAUAUAGAGAUGGCAGAGGAGCCUCAGGAGAUGAUGGAGGAAGCAGAGGAGCCUGUUCCUCCGAAGACGCAUGAGGCUGAAGACAGAAAGAAAGAGGAGGAGACGGGAGGCGACCAGGUGGUGGAAGAAGAGCCUAAGUCGAGAGGGGAAGAACGGAGUCGUGGUGCGACACACUCGUCUCCGUGCUCCGACCAGGGCGGAGGCAGAGACGACGGGACGGGGGAGGAAGAAGUAGCAGAAACAAGCCGAGAAGAAGGGAGGAAACAGGAAGAGGAGGAAGAGAAGAGGAUGGAUGAAGAGGAGGAAAAGGACGUUGAGAUCGGUCAGGAGGUGCAGGAGACGAGUCAGGGGGAGAACGAUGAGACCACAUUGGACGUCUCCAUCCUGGACACAGACAGUGGCUGGAUGGACUCACAAGAUGAGGACAAAAGUAUUAUGACCGAGCAAAUCGAAGCCCUUCCUCUCACCCAGAGUUCCACCGGCGCGCCCGCGGUGGCGGUGGUGGACAGACCCGCUAAACGGGCCCCUGGCAGAGGAAGGGGCCACGUUGGCACCACUGACAGCAAAGUGUCCCGCAAAGUGCCCGGCCACCAUCCCAGAGAGGAGAUGAAGAAGAAAAAAGUAGGCAUGAGGAGGGCUGAGCAGAAUAAGCUGUCAGUCCUCCAAAGUCGCUCUCCAUCUCGAAAGAGCGUAGCCAGAGCGGCGGCCAGACACCCGCGGCCCGCUCUGCUGCACGGCUCUGCUAGACGCAAGGCCUCAGGCAUGGAGAGCCACCAGCCCCUCAGUGUGGCCCACCAGUCCAGGGAGAGGACCACUAGGAAAUCUAGCCCCACGCGGGCCGUACUCUUAAAGAUGGCAGCGCAGCGCCGGGGGUUCGAUAACCAUCCCCCCCGGCCUGGCUCUGCCUGUAGCCUUAAGCGGAGCCCCCUGGUGGAGGCGGAGCUCAGUGAGUUCCGCCCCUCCUCUGCAUGCUCCCGCCCCUCCCCUCUGCCCCACAAAUGGGAUGGGAAGGAGAGAGCGUACCGCAGCCCGGAGAAGAGGUCGUCCCUCCCCAGGCCGGCCAAGUCCCUGACACGCCACAUCCCCGCUGCGGAGCAGGACGACAGCACCCCCAGCAGGCCAACCUCGAUCCGGUCCAGAGGGGUCAGCAGGUCUGGAAGGGCCCCUUGUAUGGCAGGCACAGACUCCCGUUCUCGGUCAGUCCGUAGCGGCGCCUCCACCCCCGGAUCCACCGCCGUCACGCCCGGCACACCCCCGAGCUACGCCUGCCGCACCCCGGGGUCACGCACCCCCGGCAGCCACACCCCCAAGUCCUUCAGCGUCCUCCAGGAGAAGAAGGUGGCGGUGAUCCGGACUCCGCCCAAGUCGCCGUCCACCGCCCAACGGCAGCUGAAGGUUCUCAACCAGCCGCUGCCCGACCUGACGAAUAUCAAGUCUAAGAUCGGCUCCACCUCCAACCUCAAACAUCAGCCCAAGGGCGGACAGGUUCACAUUUUAAGCGAGAAGCUGGACUUCAGUCGUGUUCAGUCAAAGUGCGGCUCCAAGGAUAAUCUGAAGCACACGCCCAAAGGAGGCAAUGUCAUGAUUCCAAGUGUGAAACUGGACUUUAGCCACGUUCAGGCUAAAUGUGGCUCCCUGGCAAAAAUCCAGCACACGGCCGGAGGAGGAAACAUCCAGAUCCAGACCAAGAAGCACGACUUGAGCCACGUCACUGCCAAAUGUGGCUCAAUGUCCAACAUCCGCCACAGGCCAGGGGGCGGUAACGUGCGCAUUGACAGUGUGAAGCUGGACUUUAAGGAUAAGGCCCAGUCCAAGGUCGGCUCGCUGGGCAACACCACCCACACUCCUGGAGGGGGCAACAUUAUGAUCGAGAGCCACAAGCUGACCUUCCGGGAAACGGCCAAAGCCCGAGUUGACCACGGCGCGGAGAUCGUCGUCACCCACUCCCCCGGCGUGGAGACGGGAGGCACUUCCCCUCGCCUGUCCUCCGCCGGCAGCAUCAACCUCCUGGAGUCGCCACAGCUCUGCACGCUGGCCCAGGACGUCACCGCCGCCCUCGCCAAGCAGGGCUUAUGAGCCGGUUGCCCCCGCUUCGGAUACCCACAAAAAAAAAAAAAAGUCCACAGCAUCUCUCCCAUCAUUCACCGAUCAGCGUCCAGUGUUUUCCCAGCAUCCCUCACUGCGGCCCCACCCUCACACACAUGACCCCACAGGCUGUUGUAGUUGAUUGUCCGUCAACGACCCUUCCACACAUUCCAGUGGGAUUUUAAAACUGAAUUCACUCUUUAUUUCUUCUUCAUUUCACUCAGAUAUGGACGUUUCUGUUUAGUUUUAGGCCGAAUGCUUCGGUUCGACUGGACGUGUGUGUCGGGGAGAAGAGUCGAUGGUUUUUACGAUUGUACAGCGGUUAUUUUUUAGCUUGAAAAGCAUCACCACAUUCCACGUGCACGGGGGGGAAACCUUUACCCCGUGAUCAUAACGUCCAUCCAGAAUUUAUACGGUACCGAAUGCAAGAUAUAGCAACUAGAAACUAGACGUGAGUCUUAAAGAAACACGUGUGCGUGAGACGUAACUUACAGAAACAGGGCGUGUCAGCGUACGCACGAAAAGAGUGGUUGAUGAGCAUGUCUGCAAAAAAUGUGACAUUUUAAGUCAAACGACAUGAAGUUUUUUUGGGUUUGUCGGUUGGAUUUUGAUGGUAUGAUUUCCUGAUAUGUGCUGAAUCGUUGUUCUGUUUUCUUUUAUAUAUAUAUAUAUAUAUCUAUAAAUGUCACUGUAGUGGAAGUUGUCCCUGGUUUUGUAUGUUCCCUGUGGCUGCUCGGGCUUAUUAGCACCUCAGCGUGGAUAACCUCUGCAGUUAUGUGAGUCAAGUGCUAAAAGAUUAGCUUUCCAAUAGAUCCUCUCUUGUUUUUCUCCUCUCAAACCAAUAGGCUGCUCUUUUUUAUUUGGUUUUUACGUUUGCUUCGUGGUUUCAUCGGGCGAACAACAACGCUGUUAUGCUGGCAUGGCGAAUUAAACUUUAAAAAAAUUACAUCUAUUUGGAGAAAUUUUAAAACUUUUCAGUGUCUUUACUUCAGUCCUUGAACUGCUCCUGUGACUUUUCUCCUUUUGCAGAGACGGGGGUCGUGUGUUUGUGAAUGAAUAAAAAAAGAAAGGGAAAGAGAAAGAGAAAGAGAAAGAGAAAUGGGGGAAAGGAAGAAGCUUUAUAUGAAAAUACUUGUUUUGACGGAGCAGCUUCGAGGCCCUUUAGUGCGAUUGACCCGAAAACGACUUCAAGAGAAUUCAUUAAAAAAAUAAGAGUGAAAACAGGAACAUAUUCUCUGCUCUCCGUUGUGAAACCCCAGUGUCCACCCCCCCCCUCCAGUGUUCUUCUGUGCUUCCCCCUCUUGCCCCCGUGCUCCCCAGCGCCCCCUUCUGCCUGUGUAAAGUGUAUUUAAAAGACCAUGUAGAUGUGUGCACACUUUCUGAUGUUCUGAUGACAAACGCUCCUGCAGGAUGACGGCAACACAAAUAAAGAAAAUAAAAAGUGA